AUGUUGACUCAAGCCAUCUACGGAAAGGACAAUGUCAGAGUGUUGAAGGUCAAGAAGAACCCUCAGAACCCCAACUACCAGGACGUCAUUGAACUGCGAGUGUGUGUCUUGUUGGAAGGAGACAUUGACGAAUCGUAUACCAAGGCCGACAAUGCGUCGAUUGUGCCCACUGACACCGUCAAGAACACCAUUCACAUUUUGGCCAAACAAACUGAAGUAUGGCCAAUUGAGCUGUUUGGCGCUACUUUGACCAACCACUUUGUCACCAAGUACUCUCAUAUCCAUGCUGCUCAUGCUUCUAUCACCCAAUAUAGAUGGACUCGUUACGAGGUCGACGGCAAACUGCAUCCCCAUUCGUUCAUCCAAGACGGUGCUGAGACCCGGGUGGUCCAUGUUGUUAAGAGGGACACUGCGGGCUCGGCGUUCUCCAUUAAUUCAGGAAUCAAGGGACUUACUGUUCUCAAGUCGACAGGAUCCAUGUUCUACGGAUACAACAAAGACGAUUUCACCACCCUCAAGGAGACCACCGACCGUAUUCUGUCUACUGAUGUCGAUGCUUCGUGGCUGUGGGCUGCUAAGACUGUUCCUACACUUGCUGCUGUCGAAAAACUGGCUUCUUCUGGCGUAUUUGACGAUGCGUACACCAAAGCACGAGCCAUAACACUCCGCACCUUUGCACUCGAGAACUCGGCCUCCGUGCAAGCCACCAUGUACAACAUGGCCAACCAGAUCCUUGCUGCCACUACCCACGUCGAAUCAGUACACUACGAGCUGCCCAACAAGCAUUACUUCAACAUCGACCUGUCCUGGCACCACGGGCUCAAAAACCUCGGCAAAGACGCUGAGGUCUACGCCCCGCAAUCCGACCCCAACGGCUUCAUCAAGUGCACCGUCGACCGCACCAAGUCCAAGUUGUAA